AUCAGUCUUUACUUUCAAAUUUUAAAAAAAAAGGAAUACUUGAAGUAACGUACAUCCAGCAAGCUGCUUUGGGUCAUUUGGAACCGUUACCGAACCGAGUAAUAUGGAUAGAUCAGAUGAUAAAAUCACAAAUACAUUUGAAGAGAAACAGAAAACACAGUUGCAGUGUCAUCUGGGGCCUCAAGAACUGCCACAGAAUGCUAUCCCCUCUUUCCCACAGAGUGGCAUGGAUGAAAGAAACGCUAAACAAGAUGAAACUUCAGUUAAGGACUCUAGCGAAGGCAAUGAUUUGGUGUCUCAGAAACAUGUCACCAAAUUCAAAUAUCCAGCACCCGAUCUUGGCUCUGGUCCAUUACUUAAUUAUUCUUCAGGUGUAACUAGUGCUUCUAAAAUAAAAGUUGGAUCUGCAGUAAAAGCAGAUAGAAGCGAGCAAAGCCCAAACUUUAGCUCUUCACUUGAAAGUUGUUAUGAGCCCUCAAAGAAAACAACGUAUUGCAUUUCACCCAUAAAACUUAAAAUAAACCUAGAAUCUGACGAAGAUGAGCUUGUAAUUGAUGCACCACCACUAGUAGCUGUUGCCAAAAAGUCUAGAAGAUCUAGGUCCUUACCUAUAGAAAAAGAAUCCUUGCGUGGGAAGUGUGAAGGAAACCUUCAGAAUAGUCAUACAAAACUAGCUUUGCUGGAGACAGUGAAAGAGCAGGUAGAUGUAGAUAAACAUGGCCAGAGUGAUGUCAACCCAUCUGAGAAGCCAGGGCUAGCAGUUGAAAAUGCAGGCUUCCAUGGCUUGGAGAGCUAUGUUUCUAAAAUGGAAAGAUGCAGUGAGAAUAAACAGUAUCUCUUUACCUCAGAAGAAAGUAAAUCUUCAGCAUCUCCUCCUCAAAUACAAAUAAAGAAAAAAAAGUCUGAGAAAGAUCAUUCGAAGGAUGAAAUACUGGUGAAAAGGAAAUCCGUUCAAGAAGAACAGAUGAAGGAGUUCCUGCAUUUACCCAAUAUUAGUCAGCCAGAUGUUCCUUCCUCAGAGAGGAAUUCAGAAGAGAAAAUUAAAUUAACAAAAGACGUUCGAAUUCCUGGAGCAAAAAUGAAACGAGGAAAAUGGGAUAAUCUAGACUGCGAUAUGUGGCCCUCUCUUUCGAAGAAAUCGUGUUCCAUUGGUGAACCUGGGGGUGGAACAGAUCCUUCUAGUAGUAAAGGAAGUAAUAUCAAAAUCACCAGCGAUUUAAUUGUGACAAAGGCUGAAGAGGAACUUACUGAAGACAGCACACAGUCUUCUGACUCUUCUGAAGAUCCAGUUGAAGAAUGUCGUAGAAUUUUCAAUGAAUUUGAAAAAGAAAUGAAGAAGAAGCCAAUUGCUAAAAAGGUUGUAGAAAAGCCCGCAGAACAGACUACUUUGGAUUCCAGGAUCAUUUUGGUUCCUAGACAAAAGAAGAGAAUUGCACAUAUUGCCAAGUUUGAAACAACCAAAGAAACCACUGUGUCAUUGCAGGCAACAUUCACAGCACAAGCUCAUCAUAAGAAAGUUCAACAGGAUCAACAACCCUCUCUCUGGAUAGCAAGUGGUGUUAAAAGUGGUGAGUCCAGUGAUGCUGCCACUAAUGAAAAGAAGGCUGCAGUUAAACCUCUAACUGCUCAGAGCCAGGAUGUUAAACCACAAGAUGUUUUGAAAGUACCAUGCAGCUCUACUGUUCCAGAAAAAAGGAUUUUUCUUUUGCCUCAGGUUACUAAGUGGAAAAGAUCUUUAGGAAUACCAUAUUCUACACCCAAAGUACCUCAGGAAACAAGACAAAGAUACCUCAACUUGUUUGUGAAAGAACAUUUGGAGCAUGGCAAAACUAUGAAUGAGGCUUUUGAGGAGGCAAAAAAAGAAGAGAAGGCAAUAUAUGACCGUUGUGGCAGUAAAAAGAUGUAUUUGAACAUUGCCGUUAAUACUCUGAAAAAACUGAGAAAUCCAAUUCCUAAACCUCUGAGUGACCAGGGUGCGGUCAGUACAGGAAGCAGUGAAAGUAAAUUUACAACACCUGAAACACGUGGAAUGGCGGGGGCUGCUCUCUACAGACAUCUUAGAGAAUACAUUUUAACUGGACAACAAUUAUAUGAAAAUAACUAUCCCCAACCAAAUCCAGGAAGACCAGGAAAUGCUGUCUUCUAUAAUGAAGGGUACAAAUGGUAUCUCGAGGAUGCGACCAGGCGGCUUUGCUGUCGCUGUGGGAAAAUAUACAGUGUGACUUCAUCGGGCAGCCACAUUCAGAAAGAGGAAUGCUCCUAUCAUUAUGGAAAAAUGCUGAGAUUUGAAGUGGCUGGUGGAUUGGAAACCCGCUAUAGCUGUUGCGAUGGUGGAAUUGGUUCUUCUGGAUGUCAAACUGCCAAGUUUCAUGUCCACGAUGGCAGAAAGGAAAACCUGGAUGGCUUUGUGGAGACAUAUAUCAAAUAUCCUCCGUUUGAUGGUAAUCCUGGCGUGUACGCAGUGGACAGCGAGAUGAGCUACACAGUCCAGGGACUUGAAAUUACUAGAGUGACCGUGGUCGAUCCCAACCUCGUGGUUGUCUACGAUACAUUUGUUAAACCGGACAAUGAAAUCAUUGAUUACAACACUAGAUUUUCUGGAGUGACCGAAGAGAACUUGAAGAAUGUCACAACCUCCAUCCGAGAUGUACAAGCAGUGCUGUUGAACUUGUUCAGCGCAGAUACCAUUUUAAUUGGACAUAGCUUUGAAUGUGACUUAUGUGCCUUGAAGCUCAUCCAUAACACCGUUGUGGACACAUCCAUUGUGUUUCCUCAUCAGCUGGGCCUUCCGCACAAAAGACCUCUUAGACAGCUCAUGGCUGAUUUCCUCAAGAGAAUUAUUCAAAAUGGUGUUGGUGGCCAUAAUUCUAUCGAGGACGCAGCUGCUUGCAUGGAACUGAUGCUCUGGAAAGUGAAGGAAGAUAAUAAAGGAAGAAAAUGGGCCAGAUUUCCAGUGCCAUUUUGAAUACAUAUAGCUGUUACCUCAGCAUCUCUGAGUGUCCUCUGCCUAUCAGGCAAGGUCACAAGCAGUAAAGAGAAAAAAAACAUAGAUUAGUUCAUUUGUUGAAACUUAAAAGUGAUUUAAAAAGAAUCCUAACAGAUUUUUCUUUAAAAAUAAUUGUUCUGAUUCAGAUAAGUUUGACUCUUUUUUGUACUGAUGAAAAGAGGGCUGUGAAAUUGCAAUGGCUAACAGUCACUCUGAAAGUAAUAUUUUCAGUUUAUAAAUAUGCACCCUUAAGGUUAGAAUAAGUUUUCAAAUGUAGCAACCAUAACGCUUAUGUGCCAUCCAUCUGUAAAAAUUGUACUGAUGGAUAGAUACUAAAUUGAAUAGAUAUGCACUGAUAGAAAUACUACUGAUAGUAUGCACACUGAAGUGUUUGGCACUCCGUGUGUUGUGAUUGAUUCUAGGAGGAAAUGCUUAUGCAAGUCUCUUACUUCUUUUCUGAACUAUGUUUAAAAGAAUUGUAAAAGUACACUGAUUUGAGUAGUUUGCAAAUAUAAAAUUAGAUUUAUAGACUUACUGUCAGGUUCUUACAAGUUGAAUUUUGUAAAAAUCAACUUGCAUCUUAUGAGAAAGCUGACGACUCAAAUUUGCUAAGCAUUUUUACCUCCUCUUGUUCUUUCUAUUAAAGAACUAUUGAGUUGAAUAA